CCAUCAGGGAGAAGCCAAAAGAAGGGAGGAGAUAUGACAGAAUAAAUAAGCCUGACAAGGGAGGGGGCGGAGACUGAGAGGGCGGCCCUACCGUACAGCCUGCCAGAUCACUGCUAGAAGAGUCCUGGAGAAAAGGGCACUUGUUCCUUCAGUACAAUUGAGCCUCUACCUGCCUGGCACUGGUUGCAGCUCAGCUUCUUCACAAUGGUGGGUCCCAAUGGCAAUGAAUCCAGCGUCACGUAUUUCAUCCUAAUAGGCCUGCCAGGCUUGGAAGAAGCUCAGUUCUGGCUGGCCUUCCCACUGUGUUCCCUCUACCUUAUUGCUGUGCUAGGUAACUUGACGAUUAUCUACAUUGUGCGGACGGAGCACAGUCUACAUGAACCCAUGUACAUCUUUCUUUGCAUGCUUUCUGGCCUUGAUGUUCUCAUCUCCACCUCAUCCAUGCCCAAAAUGAUGGCCAUCUUCUGGUUCAACUCCACUACCAUCCAGUUUGAUGCUUGUCUGUUACAGAUGUUUGCCAUCCACUCUUUAUCUGGCAUGGAGUCCACAGUGCUGCUGGCCAUGGCCUUUGACCGCUAUGUGGCCAUCUGCCACCCACUACGCCAUGCCACUGUGCUAACAUUGCCUCGUGUAACCAAGAUUGGCAUGGCUGCUGUGGUGCGGGGGGUUGCACUUAUGGCACCCCUACCUGUCUUCAUCAAAAGGCUACCCUUCUGCCAAUCCAAUGUCCUUUCCCAUUCCUACUGCCUGCACCAAGAUGUCAUGAAGCUGGCCUGUGCGGACAUCCACGUCAAUAUCAUCUAUGGCCUCAUCGUCAUCAUCUCAGCCAUUGGCCUGGACUCACUUCUCAUCUCUUUGUCAUAUCUGCUUAUCCUCAAGACUGUGUUGGGCUUGACACGUGAAGCCCAGGCAAAAGCAUUUGGUACAUGUGUCUCUCAUGUGUGUGCUGUUUUCAUAUUCUAUGUACCUUUCAUUGGAUUGUCUAUGGUGCACCGGUUUGGCAAGCCGCGUGACUCCCUCCUGCCCAUCAUCCUGGCCAACACCUACCUGCUUGUUCCUCCCGUGCUCAACCCUAUUGUCUAUGGAGUGAAGACAAAGGAGAUCCGACAGCGUAUCCUUCGUCUUUUUCAUGUGACCACCCACACUUUGGAUCCCUAAGGGGUCAAAUUUCUUUUUCGUGCAAAGUCUUUCAGUUCAGAUUUUAAUAUCAACAUUUUGGAAGACAGUAUUAGGAAAAAAAUUCUUAAUAAAAACACAACUGAUCCUUCAAAGAUGAAACUGGUUAGAGGAUCUCCAUGUGUGUAGGGUCAGCAGAACUGUAUACUCCCAAUCCUUAUUUUUCAAUAUUAUUUUUCCUUUAGUUCUUUGGGGUAGUUGAGGUUGGAGGGUUAUUACUUCCUAUUUGGUUGGAAUUCAGUUCAAUUUUCAAGUCCAAACCAUUCAGACAGUUGCUUGUGCUAAUAGUUCAUAGCAUUCUGAGAUAAGGGUGAUAUUUCUAAAGGAUGUUUACCAAAGGUUUGAGUAUGACAAAAAUUAAAUAUAAGAACAUAAUACAAUUAGAUAAUCUGGCUUAAAACUGAUUUCCUCUUCAGAAUCCCCUAACAUUUGGAUCUUAGGAAAGGAGACAUACCUGAAUUUCCCUCUUCAAAGUGAUCUCCACAGAGAAAACAUGAUUUCUUUUUUUUUCUGACUACCAGUUCUAAAGAAGAGGAUUGAAAGUAAAUUCACAAGAGAUUACAUUUAUCUACAUUAAUGAAAGAUGAUACUGUAUCUGAGCAUUUUCAUAGACUCUGGAUAGUUUUCCUUAUUUUCCAAUUUUCUUAUCAACCUUUUGAUUUCGGCAGGAAUAUGAUUAGUGUCCCCAUUGUACUGAUGGGGAAACUGAUGUUCAAUGAGAUCACACGGGCUUAAAACACUAUCUUUUGAUGCCCAAUCCCAUAUUUGAGGAGGGGUUGUUAGACUACUGGGGUAGUAAGUCAGACAUUCUAGAGUCUUGAAUUUUCUGUAUUUAAGUUCCUUUCUCGUUCAGUGUUGUAUUUAGGAAUUCCCUGUUAAUGUUGUUGAUGGCUUUAACUUCAAAGGUUCCCAGACUACUUGCCAUUGUACUUAUGUCGUAGCAACAGAAAUAUGUUUGGGUAAUUCCCAAACAGUGGCUAUUUCGGGUAAUAGUAUGAUUAGUAGUUGGGGCAUUCACUGGAUAUCUGGAGAGACACUUUAUAGAGAAAUGCAGCUGAGAAAACUUAGAAGCUCAUGGCAGAAAGGACAGGGCUGGUACCAUAGACCAGGGAGUCAAGAGCACAAAGCAUUGUGAGACUGAGUAGGGUCAGUGGCCCAGGUGACUAGUGAGGAAGAAAAGCUAAGGCAAGCAUAGGCCCGCAGAAAGUGAAUAGAGCAUAGAAGUGGACAACAUGUAUUCCCAGGGUUCUGAGAUACCCUGCUGGGGACACCCACAGCAUCAAAGUGCCACGGGUUUGAUUCCUGGUUGGGGAAUUAAGAUCCAACAUGUUGUGUCAUGCAAUACAGACUUUUUUUUUAAGACUGUAUCCCUGAUGGCUGUAUUUAGUGUGAGUAUGGUUCCAAAGGCCCACUCAGGAGCCCCACAGGCCAAGUAUAGCAUUUCCAGAAGGAAGCCAAAUGGGAAGAAUGUGUGUGGGCGUUGCAGGAGUUCAGGAGUAAUGAAUGGAGGAGGAAUGAGAUCUCCACCCACAGGGGAGUGCUAGGCAGACCUAAGGAGAGGUAGUUAAGUGUGAGAAGCAGGUAGGAGAGUAGAGAGCAUGGCACAUGGCUGAACAGACUUUUCUGGCCAUGGCCAGAAGCACAGGACUACUUGGUAGAAAGGAUAUCGGGAGAGCAUAUCCAAUUUCUUGGACUGGAAUCCAGAAGAUGAGAAUUGUGAGCAGUGUGGAAUCUGCUAUACCCAGUGAGUGGCGACCAGCAGAUCGAGGGAUAUAAAUUAGUCAAUGCCAGCUAGGGUCACUCUGAACUGUAUAGAGGAUCAUCCCAGUUCCCAAUAGUGCCCUAAUACUGAGAUUGAAAGAAAGAAACAGAAUGAGAGAGAAGAUAAAGACUUUUUUCUUAUUAGGAAACCAGUAUAUGAUCACAGUAAACAAAGAUCUUAGACAUUCUGAAAAAAUAACAGAAAUAAAAAUGUAAUAAAAACUCCAAUAAACUUGUCACCCUAAA